GGAGACGAUAGUGAUUAGCAACGCGGAAUAUAUGUCCGGCCGCCUUCGGCACAUAUGAGAUCGACAGUCUCUCCAGCCCUAACGGCUCCGGUAUUGUACAGGAGGGAUAAUUACGGCGGGCGCUGUUGAGAACCUCGGCAGUCUUCUGCCCUAAAAGUCGCCUCGGGCAGUACACAAUGAAUGUAUAGCCUCAUUCGACCACGGUAGGUGGUAAAUGGUUUGCCAGCCUCUCGGUUUUCGUCGCACAGCAUCAUUGGCCCGUGAGCGCAACUGUGCUCCCCAAUGCCAGACCUUCAUCAUGACCUCGACCUACCAUGGUGCCGCGAAUUGCUAUCACAACCAGGUCUGGUGGAUGUGGAGGAAACAGCUAAGACUUUCCCAGAUGGAUCGGUGUCAAACAGCAUGUUCCACAAAACCCUUUACAGAAACGACGCUAUCAAAGCCCACUUAAUGUUCCGGCGGCCUUGCACCGAACCUGACUCCGUACGGAGUACCGAAGAGUGCCUACUCAUGGCGGUAGGCCGCGAUGUUGACGGCAUGAGCGGACGCGCCCAUGGUGGAUUCAACUCGCUGAUCCUGGAUCAAAUGCUCGGCGCCUGUGCACACAACAGCAUGCCGAACAAGAUACCGCCCGCAACCGCAACCAUGACAGUGGACUACAAGGCUCCCAUCUCCACCCCUUGUGUCGUGCUUGCCAGGGCUUGGGUGACUGAGGUUACUGGGCGGAAGGUGUGGCUCCGUGGUAUCUUGCAGGACGGCGAUGGCAAGGUGAUGGCUAGCGGGAAGGCUUUAUUCAUUACCGCGCGGCCAGCAUCACUGUGAUGUUAUGCCAGCUGUGGAGUCGGGCCAUCGGAUCGGAAGAUACGGCCCGUCUAUGCAUUGCGGUCUUCUGGCCGUGUAUCAGAGGCCACAUUCCAAUCAUUGGAAGUACUGUAAGCCCUGUGGAGCCGCAGGACGAGCAUAGCACCGGCUGUGUCUCAAACACGCUCCUGCGGCUGGGUACCGAAGCCUCGUGUCUCAAUAUAUGGUGCCAAGCAUCCAGGAUGAUCAUUGAACGUGAAGUGUGCGACCUUCCGGAGACGGCAUGUGGGCAACUGAUCGCACGAAGGUGUAUGACGCACAUGCGCUGCGUUGCAC